CACUCAAUUUCUGUUGCUGCCUUGUGUUGACACCGCGGACCCUUCUUAUUUAUAGUCGAAGAAACCGCCUCUGUAAAUAUCUGAACCAUGCUGACCAAGCGCCUUCCAGCUGCGGCGGGUCUUCGCUCCUCGCUCCGCCGUAACGCGGUGGUCGUGCGUGCAUCUUCAGUGGAUGUCACGUUUAAGAUUCACCGGCAUGUUGAGUAUGGUCAGAGCUUGCUGCUGGUCGGUGGCCCCGCCGAACUUGGGAACUGGGACGGCACGAAGGCCGUGCCGCUGGAGUGGUCUGAGGGCGACAACUGGACAGCCAAGGUCUCGCUGCCUGCCGGUGCGUCUGCGGAGUACAAAUACAUCAUCAAGCGCAAGGACAGCCUGGAUUGGUGCCCGGGGCAGAACAAGGCGGUCGCGCUGCCUGCAGCGGUGGCCGUCGAGGUCAGCGACUCGUGGGAGCACUCGACCAACACCAUGGCCGUGACCGUGCCGGCUGAAGCUGCCGCCGCACCGGCGCCCAUGGCGCCGAUUGUUGCCGAGGUGCCCGCGCCCGCUCCUGAGGCACCAAUGGUGGCGGAGGCCCUGGCGCCCGCUCCCGCGACGCCGAUCGUGGUGGCCGAGGCACCUGUCCCCGUGCACUAUCACGAGAUUUCGGCGGAGGCGGUGGAGCGCGCCGAACACCGAGCUGUUGCGGUGAGCACCGUCGAGAACAUCGAAGCCGAGGAGCUGGACGCGACCCUGGCGCCGCCCGCCCCCGCCCCCGCCCCCAUCUCGGGCGCCUCCUCCUCCGGCUCCGGCUUCCUGGCCAACAACAUCGUGCAGGCGGCGCCCAAGGGGGCCAUCGCGCUGGGCGCCUCGGACCCCGUGCGCGACUACGAGGAGGCAGACAAGUUCCAGGUGGUGGAGGUGGGCGCCGUCGUGGAGACCGCUGGCGCCACCGCCACGCUCAAGGCCACCGCGCCCGUCGCCGCCAAGAAGGCCCUGGACGUCCUGACGGUGUCGGAGCUCAAGUCCGAGCUCAAGCGCCGCGGCCUGUCGUCGCUGGGCACCCGCCGCGAGCUCAUUACGCGCCUGCAGCAGGCCGGCCUGUGAGCGAGGCGUGCGCCUGGAUAGCUGGCGGCUGGAGGCGGGUGGUGGAGGCGGAGCCGGGAGGUUAGGGCGGGGCAGGCGUGAGGCGAGUGCGCGGCGGUACCGGCGUGUACACGCGAGAGCGGCCAGGGAGGGUUGGACUGCGUGUGCUGGCGCGGCGCCUGGCGUGGGCGUGCAUGUGGGUGGGUGCCGGCCCGCCUUGGGGCUGUAGCGGGCACGGGGUUGUGUUCAUUCGGUGUUGGUUUUGGUCUUCUGCGGUGUUUCGGUCGACAUGGUGAGAUGGCUGGUUGCAUCACCUCGAUGCGCGUACUGGCAUCGACGGUACACAGGACAUGCCACGACUGCGCUGAUGCGUGCCUUGCCAAAUGCAUCCAAACCGACGGGGGCAGCGGCGGUGCAGAAGGAGAAAAGAGCUGCAUAGAACGGAGUAACAGUUACAAUGGCAAACAGGAAACGUCGGUUGGUCGGUAUUGUUCCUGGUGAGGUUGGGGUGGAUGGUGGCGGUAAGGCCGCGUCACCGGGUAACAUGGAUUGAAGCUUUGGUUUUUAUACAAGUACAAUAAAAUAAGUGCAGCUGGAGCUGUACCAAGCAAGAGGACAAAUGCAGCCCAGGUCUUGGAGGGUGGCUGAAGGCCCUGCUACAGUUUUGACGGGCCAUACAACACACGGUGCGGGUGAUUCAACACCACUUUUGAGGCGAUGCCCAGGGCAUGCACGGAUGCUCUGGUGGAGGUGGACGAAGCGCGGAAGGCGCGGACCGCAGGUGCGGUUCGUACUGGCGGUUGAUAUUGGCGGUGAUGACGCGGCGAGCGAGGUGGCAACGUGGUGCCAGCCGAGGUGUGACUUGAACACAAAGGAGCUGUGACACAAGUGGACGAGCUGGAAUUCAGCUGGUGCACGUGCGAAUGCGAAUUCAUAAUUUACACACAGGGCCCUGUGGUGGGCGCCGGACAGGGUGCGGCCGCGCAAGCGACGCCAGAAGGUUCUCCGCCGACUCUUACACGACUGUAAUCAUAUAUACCG